AUGGGGAUUAUGAAAAUUUCACGAGUAAUGUGUCCUACAGAUCAAAACUGCUCCCAAUGGGCCCAAAAAUAUGCGGAUUAUUGUCUUUGCAGCACAAACGAUGGAGUUUCUUUGGCAUUGGGUCUGUUAAGUGUGAUGGCCUGGACUGUGGCUGAGAUACCCCAGAUCAUCACCAAUUACAAGCAGAAGUCUACCCAUGGACUCUCCAUCUUGUUUUUGUUAACAUGGGUAAUUGGAGAUUUUCUUAACCUUUUUGGCUGCACACUAGAACCAGCUACUCUUCCGACACAAUACUACCUGGCAGUGUUAUAUACAGUAACUACUCUGAUUCUUGCUGCACAAGCCAUAUAUUAUGGCCAUAUUUAUCAUGGAUUGAAAUGCAAUAGACAAAUGCUUGAGGUUAUACAAGCCGGAGAUGUCGAAAAAAAGGAUCAUAGAUAUGGAAUUGAUAAUAUACAAAUCGACAAUGCACAGCGAUUGGGAAAUGCUCUGAGCUCACCUAUUCCUCUUCCAGCCAUUUCUCAUGAUAGUUCCCCUGAAGAUCUUUAUUACAUGUCAGCAAGAUCUCUUCAAAUUAGUCAUACCCCUACUGCAGGAUCUUUCCCACCUCAGAGAACUCCCGAUGCUGAACAUCUUGGUGCCAGAGAGCCAUUGCUUGGUCAAGAUAGGUCAACACAAUCUGUACCUCCUGCGAAGACGAAAACCAUGUUGUGUGUGGUUUCCUUAAUGACAUUCUUCAUUGGCGGUAUCAACCUGCAACAAGCAGAAACCAGUAGAUAUAACAUGAUUUUUCAAAAUCCAACAAGUGGUGUUGUGUUGCAAGUAGGAAGACAACUUCUACAGGUGACUGGGGAUUUUGAACAACGAACUUCAGUCUCAAAGAGAAGAGAGAUUGGAUCAAUCCUUGGUUGGGGAAUGGCAACUAUCUACUUGGGCGGACGUCUUCCCCAGAUUUACCUAAAUAUUAGAAGGGGAAAUGCUGAGGGGCUGAAUCCGCUAAUGUUUGUCUUUGCUAUUCUUGGCAAUGCUACAUAUGUUGCAAGUAUACUAGUUAGCAGCUUAAAGUGGUCGAAGAUAAGACCGAAUCUCCCAUGGCUGGUGGAUUCAGGAGGGUGUGUGCUCCUUGAUACUUUUGUAUCCUUCAUUGCAUGUCUACGCUAG